AUGCCUCAAGAGUACUCAACCCAGAGCCUGCGGGCAGAUGUGGUAUCUGUGAUUGCAAAUACCACAACAAAUGAAGCCAAAGCGCUCGAGCUGGCAUCCCAUAUAGCUAGCAAGAUUAGCAAUACAGAGCUCAAACUUUUGGAACUAGUGGUAGGCUUGCGAGAUUUCAUAACGUCGAGCGAUAACACGGAGAGAAAAAGCGCCAUACACUGUCUCUCUAUCGUUUUGGGUCAAUUGCCCAAGGCCACAUUAUCGAAGAAUGACGUCUCAGUUGUGCUCGAUUUCUAUUUAAGUAAAUUCGAUGACACAUCUUGCGUAGACGAAGUCCUGCUCGGUCUAAGCCAUGUGAUAGGAAUGAAGUGCUUCUAUUCCAGCCAAGUUGCCAGCGUUCUUCAUCUGCUGAAGGACGAGUACCAACCCACUCAGCACCUUGCUGCGACAAGAUAUUUUGGUUUCCUGAUACUGGAACGACUUCUUGAAAGAUUUCACAAAAACUUGCUGGAAAGCCCCAAGCUUAAUACCCUUUUCAUAGAAACUUUCCUUUCUAUUGCGACAGGUGAAAAAGACCCCAGAAAUUUGCUCAUAUCUUUCAACCUCAAUUCGAAAAUGAGCACCACUCUGAAGGACGUAGCCCAAUUCAAAGAAGACCUUUUCGAUACUCUAUUUUGCUACUUCCCAAUCACUUUUAAACCGCCUAAAAAUGAUCCCUACAAAAUCAGCAACAGCGACCUGAAGUUGGCUCUGCGCAACGCCAUAUCUGCCAGCCCUCAUUUCGAAGAAGAUGCUUACGGAAACCUGAUUGAUAAAAUGACAGCAUCCUCACCAAGUGUCAAAAAUGAUACUUUGCUGACGCUGAAGGCGUGCAUCGAAAACUUUGGCGGAGAAGCCUGCUUUCGACACUGGUUACCUACGUGGAAUGCACUUAAAUUUGAAGUGAUGCACGGAUCGGAUGCCGAUGGGAAUGGACCGGACAGCGUGCCCAUCGACUUUAACAACUACGAAGACUCGCUCAAAGUUCUUACUGCGAUCUCUGCGCAAUUAAUUUCCUACAAAGCAAGCGCUUUCGAUUCUUUCUACGUCUAUAUUUUGGAUGAGCUCAAGCCUAAUUUCAAAAACGAGAAAGAUUUAAAACAGAGCUGCUCUAUUCUAUCAGCAAUAGCGAAGGCCAAUUUGGACACUCUGAAAAAAGUUCUUGCCGAUGUUUUGGACUUAAUCUUUCAGGACCUCAGCGACCUUGAUGUGAACAAACAAAAAUUGCUAAUACUUAAUCUCUCUCUCUUCUUCGACGCUUACAUUGAUGUAUAUCAGAAACUCGAUAAAGAUGGUCAGAAGGUAAGCGAUAACAAGAUGGUACAGUACAAGGACGAGAUUUUGAUGAUUUUCGGGAGGAGUUUGAAAGGCAGCUCGAAAAGCGAGGUGAGUCUCAGAACUUUGUCUGUUGUUCAAAUGACCAAGCUACUGCAAAUGCCCGAUUAUCUGAGCGAAGAAGAGGUUGCUUUGAUAACACAGUAUUUUACGGAGACUAUUCUAACUGACGACAAUAAAAACAUUUAUUUUGCUACUCUCGAGGGACUGAAAGCCGCAAGCGAAAUUUCGGAGAAGACUGUCAUCGAGGUCACUUUGCAUCAAAUGAUGGAACUUUUGAGAAACGGUAUAUCACACUCAAUCUUAGUGAUGGAUGGAAAAGAUAUUCUAAUCGAAAAGGUUUUGAAGGUCCUAUUGGAUUUUACACCCUCAAGACACCGUCUGGUCACUGAAAGUAUCGUGGGUGUAAGUGAAGUGCUGUGUCGCGCUUCGAAAGAUACGGAAAACAGCGAUCUGUGUUUCAAACUGCUGUCGAGCUUGUACUCACUACUCGACAUCAAUAAAGAUGUCAUAACAGAGGCGGAUGCUUCCAACUUCAAAAGAAAUAUCGAAGGAGAUUUAUUGGCUAUAUCGCUGUGUCAGCCAAUACAUGAUGAUGAUCACAACCUGUCAAUGAUAUCAUCAGUUUUGUUUUUUAUCAACCUUUACGCUUCAAGAUCGACCCAUCAGACAGAAUUGGACAAGUAUUUGAAGCUUUUCGUUGAAGAUCGCAAGGUUUUGAAUAAACCAAAUCGCUCAGUAAUACUUUUGACCAAAUACCUUUCGGCUUUCGACAAGGCCUGUCACGUUCCCGCAGAGGAGCUGCUUUCGCGUUGUGUCAACUUGCUUUCAAAUGACGACACACGUUGCAGUACUUUUGAAAAGAUAUCUUACCUGGAACUGCUGGCUGUGCUAUCGAACAAAUGGUGUAGCGACAGCUUUAUGCAAAGCACGCUGCACAUGAAGGACACUAGCAUGAUCAAUUUAGAGAUCACGGCUUGGUGUACUAAGGGAUUGGUCAUGAGAAAUUCAGAUUUUGCAGUUGAGUUCACCAGCAAUUUUAUUGAGCUCCUUUCCGAGGCCUCAAAAGGAUCGCAGAUAGCCAAGUUAUUCGAAGUGUUUGCCAUGGAUCUACCGACAUUAGACAAGAUCAAAGGCAUAUCGUGGAAUAACAACGUCAAGGUGCUGUACAAGCAAAAGUUUUUCGGUGAUGUGGCUCCUCGUUUGGUCUCCGCGUAUGGUUCGACUGACGAUAUGUCGAUAAAAGCAAACUACCUGAUGGCGCUCUCUUGCAUCUUGAAAAACACUGCGAAUAAAAUCACCAUCAGUUACAUUCCAAAACUGCUUGCUUUACUGAUACAGGCCGUCAAAUUAGACAACAGUGACGUUGUGUUUUCGGCCCUGAGCACGAUAAAGGGAACUGUCGAUCAGGCUCCGCAGCUCGUGACAGAGCACGUCCACAGUCUAGUCCCAAUAAUGCUUGAUUUAGCCGGUCCUGCCAAACGCAACACUUACAUGGUCAGAUUGACAGCAGUCGAGAUCUUGCUCAGUUUCACAGAACAUGUGCCGCUAAAUUACCUGCUGCCGUUCAAAGACGACGUUCUUAUGAGGUUGGCAGUGGCUUUGGACGAUAAGAAAAGAAGGGUGCGGAAGGCUUGUGUUGACACAAGACAAGCAUACUUCGAGCUGGGCCAAGUGCCUUUCGAUUAG